AUGUUUGGUCUGACCCCUGGUGGUGACGAAGAAGAAAGCACGUCCCAUAGUGAAUAUGCUGACAAGUGGCGUAAGCGGAUAUUAGAAGCUUACAGAAUAGCAUCCAAAAGUGACAGUAAAGGGCAGGCCAGAGCAAAGAACUAUUACGACAGGAAAGCUUAUGGUGCAGAGCUACAACUUGGUAGCAGGGUUCUGGUCCGCAACCUUUCUCAACGAGGCGGCCCAGGAAAACUCAGGUCUUACUGGGAGGAAAAGGUUCACGUCGUAGUUGAAAAGAAGUCUGAUACGCCUGUUUAUGUGAUUAAACCGGAAAGAGGCCCAGGCAAGACACGUGUCAUUCACAGAAACCUACUGCUGCCUUGCGACUAUCUGCCCAUAGAGGACAUGUUACAAAAACCAAAACCUGUACAGAGAAAGAUAAGUGUGAGAAGAGCUGAGGACAAAACCUCAGACACAGAGGACUCUGACAGUGAAGCUGAGUGGCAAGUCAUCAUCUCAGAGCCAAUAGAAAGUUCCGCUCCAGCAAAACAUCGACGGAGAACAAAUGCAGAGGAGUUCCAUCCACAACAAACCCCUAGACAUCGAGACACAAGCAUCAAGGAGGAACAUCACUCUGGAAGGGCACCCGAAGGUCAGCUGAGCAGCGAUGACGUCAGAGGAGUCGAGCAGGCGGCGAUGGAGCAGGAUGAGCCGGGGGACGGUUGUGUGGUGGACGAGUGCCCAGCAGCCGCAUCUGAUGAAGCAGAUGAUCCAGCCACCCUGAGACAGUAUCCUUCUCGAUUCAGAAAACCACCUAAGACCUUUACCUAUAACACAUUAGGUCAGCCUUCUCUUACGUAA